AUGUUAGUGGCCCUCAGCAUCUUCUCGACCUGCGCGCUGGGACUGAGCGUCAGGCUGAUUGUAGAGAUGCUGCGGACCUAUCGAGAAGGCAACGUGGUCGCCUUUCUGAUUGGAGCGGUCAGUGCUGUGCUGAUGCAGUCACCGGCGCAAGCGAUCCUGAUCACAGGGCAGAUGGUUGUCUCCGGUCAAAUUGAUGCCCAGAUUGGCAUCAUCCUCACGAUCGGCACCUCUAUAGGUGCCACAAUCGCGCCCCUUCUGCUAGCCGCGAUGCCGGGCCAACGACCCCACUUGACCCGUGCAGUUUGGGGCAUCGCGGCCUACCAGAUGUUGAAGCUGAUGGCUUGUGGUAGCUGUGCCUUGCUCCUGGUGCCCGCCGAAAUAUUGAGCCACGGUAAGCUGUUGGGCUUUACCUCGGCGCUCGUCGACUCUAUGGCAUCGAUCCAUCUCACAUACAUUGACCCCGCUUCCUGGGCCGUCCGUCCGCUGGCAAAUCGCAUAGUGCGUAUUCAGGAAUGGCGACUCAAAGCCUACAUCUUAGGGCCGCCGGCUGUGCUGCCGGCUACAGGCGUGUCCUGCAUAACUGGUGAUAUGCAUGAGCUUGCUGCAGCUGGAAAGGGCUGCACCUACUCAUGCCUCCCUCCACCGGUUCAAGAUGCAUGGAAGGCACUGAACCCAGGAUACUACAGCCAGCUGAACGUUUGUGCUAAUGCUUUGAAUUCAACAGUUUGUGGCGGAAACCAUUCAUCAUGCUUGCUGUCGAGCACGACUUUCUGGAGGCUCAAUGUGGAGGAUGAAAGAAUGUUGGAAGAAGGGGGCGUGCUGUCAGGCUUCAUCUGCAGUUUGGUCUUCCUAUUCAUAGCAUCGCGUCUUUUUCAGAUGGCAGACUUGCGAAGCAUGGGAAGAUGUCGCUUCGUGCUGCAGAAGGCUCUCACGGUUCCAGGCCCCCUGGCGAGUUUCGGGCUAAUGCUGUUCUCACUGCUGCUGAUGCACCAGAGUGCGUCCGUCGUGUGCGUGCUGACGCCGCUAUGUGGGAUGGGCUACCUGCCCCCGGGGAAGAUGAUGUACCUUUGCAUGGCUGCUGAAGUCGGAAGUGCGCUGGCGCUGAUUGCGGCCGCCACGGCUGAGCUACCAUACUCCAAGGGGAUUAUCCAGCUGGGAUGGGUUUGGCUUCUCUACAGCAUCUACGGCAUGCUUCUAACAGCCCUGCCCUGCGUGCGUCGCGUGGCGCUUCAUGCGGGCCUCAUGUGUGCGGCCGCGGUCAACGAGUACACCUUCGUGUACUUCCUGCUUCUCAUCAGCCUUCCGGCGAUACUGGCAAGUUCCUUUGCCCUGCUGUCCUUAUGGGAUGCUUCUUCGGUCUUCACCAUUUGCAUCCUCCUGGUCGUCCUGCCGCUGGUGAUCUCGGCUGCCGCCUGGUGCUGCGUUCGAUCC